AGGGGAGCGAGAGAUUGGGGGCAUGUUUUUUCUGAUUUAGAUGGUGGACCAACCAACCAGCAGACCCGUUUAUUAUCUGCCCGGGUUCCUGUUCCUGUCAGUCUUUCCCGUCUUUCCCCUUCUGACUCUGGUUUUCCCUCUGCCUCGUUUCACUCACUCUUCCACCAGCGGCGCGCGAAUCCUCCCAGGACGAAGAAGAAAAAGAAAGGGAAAAAGGGGAAAAACAAGGGACCGGGGAAGGAAGCAGGAUCCCAUCUCUCAGCCACCCCCCGUUCGUCGUCAGUCUGCAGUAACUAGCUUUUUUGCUUCCCAAGUUGCUUGCGCGGCCGAAGCUGUCUCUUUCGUUUCGAUUUUUCUUUCCCGCGCGCGCGCCUGGCCGCAUUGGUCGCAUAUUCCCCUGGACUCGUCAUCAAGCACCACCACUACAAGGACCACCACCACUACAACCCACUACUACAACAAGCCCUCCACUGCCUCCACUGCCACCACCAUCCCUCUCACUGUCGUUUCCGAUCUGGACCAGCUUCUGUCCGAGCUGAGCAGGGCCUCAGUCGCGAACCCCUCUCGCCCUCUCGCCUCUCCGCCAAAUACUGGAUCGUCGCAGCUUGCGCAAUUUUUAGACACUCCAGCCAUUGCGAAGCUUUUCUUGCUGGCCGCCCCCGAAGCUACCUGACUCGCCAGCGAGCUCACUUGCACUUACACGCCUCCGCCCGCGCAAAUCUUCACCUGGCCUCAUCUCGUCGCAUCCCCCUCGCAGCAACCACGACAACAACAACAACAAUGCGAC